AUGAUGAAUACAUUGGGAAAUUUUAAAACUAAACGUACUUUAAAAGAAAUUCUAGAUUCCGAAUACAUACCAAAUGAUAAAGAUGAGGAAUUUGAAUUUGAGGCCGAAGAUGAAACAGAAAAAGAAGACAUUAAUUCGCAUGAUCCAUUGCUUUGCAUUGAAUGCAAAGAUAUGAAGACUGAAAUUAUUUGUAAAGAUUGUGAAGAACCAUUUUGUGUUGUCUGCUUUGAUAUGAUUCAUAGAAAUGGUAAAAGGAAAACACAUGAUUUUAUCAAAUUAACAUUAGAAGAAAAUCAGCAAGAGAAAACUGAAAAUAUUAACACAUCAUCCACUCAUACUGACGAUAUCACAAUUGAUAACAAUAAUUCCAAAUUUGGUGUUAGUGAUAGUAGUGAUUUUAAAGAUCAAAAUUCUAAUUCUAUUGAUGACCAAAUGUUAAAUACUUUAAUAGCACAUUCUGAAUACAUUCCAUUGAGAUUAACAUACGAAGAAAGGCAUUUGCUAAGACUAUUGGAAGCUGCAUUGCAAGUUAGCGAGUAUACGGAUAAAGUGGAUAUUUUAUCUUACGGUUCUAAAGCUAAAAAGAUUGUCGCACAAUUAAAGGAGAUGUGUUCUGUUUUAUGUGGUUUAGCAGUUGCUUCCAACAUGAAGAUAGGCGCUAAACUAAUUGAAAUGAAAAACUUUAGUGAUAUUUCUAGUUGGUUUCAGGAAAUUUUUGAGAUUGGUAGGCGUUAUAAAAUUAUGAAUCCGGAUAGAAUGAGGGAUACAUAUGGGAAGCUAUGCUAUAUGGUUAUGGAUUCAAGAUUACCACAAAUCGAGGACCACAUGGAGUUUCACUUAUAUAAACCAAUUAAAACAGUAUCUAGUUAUUUGAAUUUCAAGGAUCCCAAUUCACUCAAUAUGUUUAAGGAAAAAUCGAUUUUGUAUGCUACAUGUCAUAUUUCUCCUGUGGGUAAAAGUAGACAAGAAAUCAACCGAUUAAUUAAGCAGAAAGAAAGAGCAAUUGAAUAUAUUGCCUCUAAAUAUCACUCUUCAAAAAUUGAUAGGGAAGAAAUUCGCCAAGUUUUAUACUCCAUUGGCGAUUAUAAUGCAUAUAUUAAAAUGAACCGGGAGCCGAUUACUAGGAUGAUAGAGAGACUCAAGCUUUUCGCUCAACCUGAGAUUGUAUCUAGAUACUCAAUUGGCAUUCAAUAUGGCCGUGCAGGUGCCAGAUUAACCCAUGAUCAUAAUAGACAAUGGAAUUAUGUUCAGCAAUCAUUAACUUUGUGGAGCGUAAUUCAAAGAGAAAUGAUUCAUUUAUGGUAUAUUGCAGAUUAUGACUUGUUUGAUGGUAAUUCAUACAAAUUGGCAUCGACAGGUCAAGGGUUGAACCGAAUCAAAGCAUGUCCUCAACUAUACAAGAUUAUGCAUCAAAUCUUGCAUGAAUGUCGUUCUAAAUGUGACAGUUGGGUUGGUUCCAGUGUUGUUCACUUGGGCGAUGAUGCGGUUCCUAAUGCAUUGUUUUUUUUGGAUAAGUAUACUCAGGUACCAAGUAUUUUAAUCCCAUUUGAUCAAACUUUAAUGAAAAUUGAUGAUUUGGUUGGAAAUGACAAAGAGAUUUUAGAUUACAUUAAUAAAGUUUACGGAUCAGUCGAUGAUUUAAAACUAACGAUUUUACAAGACGCAUUUGCUCAUAUGUUUGAUGGGUCCGGUGCUGAUAAUUUCUAUAUGAGCGGUUCUUGUAUUGAUGGUAGAUUAACAAGUGCGUGGAACCAUACUAAUCAAAUCUCUAAAAAAAAAUAUUAUAAUAUUUUUUUAAUGUGUGGUUUCAUUGGAUUUAAUGGAGAAGGCUAUUGA